UAGUGUGGAUCAGGUUCAGCAGCCCAUCACAAUCCCUGUGCUGCUGGGAGGAAGAGGAGGAGGAGCUCCUUCACUCUUUGUCUUUGCUCGGAGACGCUGAGAGUCGCUGAAGCUUUUUGACGAUCGUUCGUUUAGAGUCUUUGUUCUUUCGGAUUGUUUUUGUCUCCUUCUGUCACUUCGUUGAGUUCCUCCUCGAACUUUUAAAGCUGCUUGUUUUCUUCAAGCACGCCGUCACCUGUUUGAGAAGACUCCGAUAGUUUUGUGUGGUGCUUCCACCCAUGGAGCGAUACCGCCACUACGGCACCUCCUACACCUCCUCUCCUGGUGCAGCUCAUGUAGAGGAGAUCCACGCCGAGGAGGAGGUGGAGGAGGUGAUGUACACUGAAGAGGAGGUGGAGCCGCUGUUAGAGGAUGAAACGCAGCCUCUGCUGCAGGAGACAGGAGGCGUGAAGCGGGAGGAGGAAGUGACACGUGCACAGAAGGAAGUGCAGCCUGUUGUCCAGGAGACAGAGGGGAAGACGGUGCCGGUGGAGAGCAAAAAUGGAAAGAGGACAGAGGGAGGAGGCGGAGGAGAUGCAGGUGGAGGCCCAAAGUACUCCGUGUUCACCUGGUUUGUGGUCCUGGGUCUGCUGGGAGUCUGGAGCUCUGUGGCCGUGGUCUACUUCGACAUCGUGGACUACGACACCGUGAUCGCCAGAGCUAAGGAGUUUCGUAUGAACUUUUCUGAAGUUUUACAAGGUAAACUGACGGCCUACGACACAGACGGAGACGGAGACUUUGACGUGGAGGACGCCAAAGUUCUGCUUGAUGAUAAGAAGUUAAAAGGCCAUGCUGUGAGGAGAGACAGGCUGAGGAAAGAGGAGCAGAAAGAGGUGAAGAAGAGAGGGAAAAGGAAAGAAGAUGAGGUGUUAAUGGCCACUGAUGCUGAGGUUAAACUCCCAGAAGUAGAGGUUACAGGAGAGGCUACUGAGAAGAAGAACACGACUCGAGCCUCAGACCACGUCGUCCGAGGCGCCAUGCUGCGUUCGACUCUGAAGAACGAGUUGAGGACGAUCCAUGAGAAGAUGGAGGCCAAGAGGAUCGCUCGCAUCGCAGUGGCUGAGAUUAGGGCUUUUCUCACCCAAGAGGAGGAAGCAAGGGAGGCAGUCUGGGUGCUGAAGAAGAAGGAGCUGGAGGUGGCUGAGGAGCAACUCAGACAGGAGAGGGAAAGUGAAGAGAGGAGAAAGGAGGCAGAGAGGUUGGAAAAGGAGAGAUUGGAGAAGGAGAGGAUAGAAAAGGAAAAGAUUGAGAACGACAAGCUGGAAAAGGAAGCCAAGGAGAAAGCUGAGAGAGAAAGGUUAGCUCAAGAGAAGGCAGAAAAAGAGAGACUGGAAAUGGAGAGGCUUGCUAAAGAAAAGGCAGCUAGAGAAGAAAAGGAAAGAAUGGAGAAAGAGAGGGUGGAGAGGGAAAAGGCAGAGAGGGAGAAACAGGAGAAAGAAAGAGUGGAAAGCGAGAGGGCUGAAAAGGAAAGGCUUGAGAGGGAACGCAUUGCCAAAGAAAGAGAGAGAACAGAGCGGGAGAAGGCAGAGAGGGAAAGAUUAGAAAGGGAGAGACUUGAGAAGGAAAGGGUCGCCAAGGAAAGACUUGAGAAGGAAAGGAUCGCCAAGGAGAAGGAAAGACUAGAGAAAGAAAGGGUCGCCAAGGAAAGACUAGAGAAAGAAAGGGUCGCCAAGGAGAAGGAAAGACUAGAGAAAGAAAGGAUCGCCAAGGAAAGACUAGAGAAAGAAAGGAUCGCCAAGGAAAGACUAGAGAAAGAAAGGGUCGCCAAGGAAAAGGAAAGACUAGAGAAAGAAAGGGUCGCCAAGGAAAGACUAGAGAAAGAAAGGAUCGCCAAGGAGAGGGAAAGACUAGAGAAAGAAAGGAUCGCCAAGGAAAGACUAGAGAAAGAAAGGGUCGCCAAGGAAAAGGAAAGACUAGAGAAAGAAAGGAUUGCCAAGGAAAGACUAGAGAAAGAAAGGAUCGCCAAGGAAAGACUAGAGAAAGAAAGGGUCGCCAAGGAAAGACUAGAGAAAGAAAGGAUCGCCAAGGAGAAGGAAAGACUAGAGAAAGAAAGGAUCGCCAAGGAAAAGGAAAGACUAGAGAAAGAAAGGAUUGCCAAGGAAAGACUAGAGAAAGAAAGGAUUGCCAAGGAAAGACUAGAGAAAGAAAGGAUCGCCAAGGAAAGACUAGAGAAAGAAAGGAUCGCCAAGGAAAGACUAGAGAAAGAAAGGAUCGCCAAGGAGAAGGAAAGACUAGAGCAAGAAAGGAUCGCCAAGGAAAGACUAGAGAAAGAAAGGAUCGCCAAGGAAAAGGAAAGACUAGAGAAAGAAAGGAUCGCCAAGGAAAGACUAGAGAAAGAAAGGAUCGCCAAGGAGAAGGAAAGACUAGAGAAAGAAAGGAUCGCCAAGGAGAAGGAAAGACUAGAGAAAGAAAGGAUCGCCAAGGAAAGACUAGAGAAAGAAAGGAUCGCCAAGGAGAAGGAAAGACUAGAGAAAGAAAGGAUCGCCAAAGAGAAGGCAGAAAGGGAAAGAUUGGAGAGGGAACGGAUCGCCAAGGAGAAGGAAAGAUUGGAAAAAGAAAGGAUUGCGAAGGAGAAGGCGGAGAAGGAAAGAUUGGAGAGACAAUGGAUCGCCAAAGAAAAGGAACGACUUGAGAAAGAGAAGCUCGCCAAGGAGAAAGCAGAAAAAGAAAGACUGGAAAGGGAACGGCUUGUUAAGGAAAGAGACAGACUCGCCAGAGAAAAGAUAGACAAGGAAAGGAUAGAGAAGGAGCGCUUAGCCAAAGAAAGGGCAAGAGUCGCACAGGAUAAGGAGAAAUUAGAGCGAGAAAGAGUAGAAAAAGAAACGACAGAGAGAAACGAGAGGGAGAGGAUGGAAUGGGAAAGACUGGAGAGGGCAGCGAAGAUGAAGCUAGAGCGGGAGAAAACUGAAAAGGAGAAGAUGGAGGUGGAGCGGCUGGCGAAAGAGGGCGUGGUGAGACAAGGAAAUGGCUUAAAGAGACGAGUGCUACCGGAGAGGAAGCUGAACAGUUCGCAGGUGAAAGGUGAGAUAACUGAGAGAGUGACCAUGACAGCGGUCAGGAGAGAGAAGAGCGUCUUAGAAGAGAAGAAGAAAAUGCCUCACGGCACAAAGUGAUGACCUCACAAAUGGUCAUGGCUCUGAUUUGCCAGCCUCAGCUCCCAUAUUCGGGAAACGGAUGAAAAGCUACUCGGUGGGGUUUGAAGGUCUUGUAACCACCCAGCAAAGACGAUGCUGAACACAAGUCUGAACACACUUUGCAAUCCAGGCAGUUGUUUUGAGUCUCCUUUGUAAAUUAAAUAAAUACAAACGGACAAUCUGAUUAAAAACCCCUCUUCAAGUUUUAUCCCCAACAGAGGUUUAAAAUGUUUUCCCUCCAACGUGUUCUGCUUCUGUUGCUCAUUCACAAAGUUACAGGACAUUACACCUUCAUUAAGGGCUCAAACCAGAGUCUUCAGUCUUAACUGUGAUACAGACACCACACAGCUGGAACUGUGGUGAACUAGAAAUUAGUAUUUCAAGCCAAACCACUCACACAUGACUGUAUUUGAUGCACAGAAAGCAGUAGCGUGGCUUCAGGGCAAAUUCACCAUUAAUCUACAGAUGUGGCCCACAGAUUGUUUCCCUUGUGUUACUGCUGCUCUUUCAGUGCUGCAGACCUCUUCAAACAGGCCGAUUUUCAAAAGGCCAGUUUCAUGAGAUUUAUGUUGUCUUUGUUUUUCUCAUUUUUAUGAGACUUUGGUUGAUGAUGUGACAUUUAUGGUUUUUCUUAUCAUGUUUUUUGCUCAAAGGAUGAGAGCCAGUAUAAGGCGUCUGAAUUGUAAGUGUUGAGCUUUAGUUCAAAGUCAUGUAGUGGAUCUAAGUGGUGAAGGAUGUUCGAGGACACCGGCUUUUAAAAUAACCUGUAAUAACUGUUGUGUAGUGACGAAGCAUCAGGAAGUCACGUGUCGUGAGCUGAAUAAAGAAACUUUCACAGCCUC